AAAUUGAAUUAGGAUCAACUGGAUGUUCAACAACUGUAUUUGAUUCCUGUAUGUCACUUUAUGCUACAUGCCAGUCAAAUGGAGGAAGCUGUACAUGUAACGAUGGAUAUUAUGAUGAUAAUGGAAGUCGGGCUGAAAUUGAAUUAGGAUCAAUUGGAUGUUCAACAACUGCAACCACUGAUUCCUGUAAGUCACCACAUGCUACAUGCCAGUCAAGUGGAGGAAACUGUAGAUGUAACAGUGGAUAUUAUGAUGAUAAUGGAGGUGGGGCUGGUGGAACUUGUACUAGAAGGAAAGUUUUAGGAGCCGUGUGUUCAAAUAUACCAAAUGAAUGUGCUAAUGCCAAUGCUGCCUGCCUGGAUAAAAAGUGCACAUGUGGUUCCAAUCACUACGAUAAUAAUGGUUUUGAUGCGGGUGGAAGCUGUGAAAGUGUAACUGAUCUUAGAGUCACUAGCAUAACAUUCCAAUCAGUAACAACUUCAGGAUUUAAAGUUUUAUGGACACCCCCUUCAAGAGGAGAAGCAUCUCACAUUAACAAGUAUGAAGUAGAAUGGAGUCUUAAAAUUUCUGACACUAGCCUGCGGGGAGGAAAAAGUGUGGUCCCUGCCAGUACUACAUCCUUUGAUAUCAGUUCUGGUGUAACAGCAGGAAAGACAUCUAAUGUGAAGGUGAUAUCUGUAAACACUAAUACUAGGCACGGUCAUACUCGGACAACAUCGUUGACAUCGGAGCAAGCUUCAAAACCAAACAAACCAAGGUUACUGACAACUCUAGAUUUAGAUGCUACAGAUCAGCGGAUAAACAUUGGCUGGAGUGCCCCUAUGAGUGGUGUUGCUACUUCUUAUAGAGUACAAUUAUUUGAUGGUACAAGUGAGCUAACAAGCAGUGAAACUUCUCAAACUUCUAGCAACAUUUAUAACAUAACAAUGAAAAAUGGUUAUCAUUAUGAUGUGAAAAUUUCAGCAAGAAGUGAACUUUAUCAGGGAUCAAGCUAUGAAUGGAGUGAUUUAUAUGUGGAACAAAUCACAACAACAGUACAGGUACCAAAUCCUCCAACAGAAGUUAAAUGUGAUAUGCUGAAAGUUGAGUCUAUCACAUUGACAUGGUUAAAACCAUUGGUUCCAAAUGGAGAUCUUGUCAGAUUUAACAUUGAGGUUUUUAAUACGAGUAAUGAUUUGUUAUUUUCUACCAGCACUUUUGAAGUUGUUGAAACUUAUCAAGUGGCGCAACUCAGUCCAGGAACCACCUACAUGUUUAAAGUAUACACAGAAAAUGUGAUGUACAAUUCAUCAGUACCUGCACAGUCUCAAUAUUGUACAACAAAAGUAAAAUUAUCUGACCCUCCUGAUGGUUUUCAAACAACAGAGGUCACAAGUCGAAACAUCUCUAUUAAAUGGACUGAGCCUAUCAACUCAUACAGUGAAGAAAUCUACGGAUAUGUUAUUCAGCUGAAAAACCAAGACUCUUGUGUGGAAGAAAUUGUUUAUAAAUGUUUAACCCCAAGUUGUCGUGGAACUUUUGAGCCUUCUACUUUAGAGCAUAUGUGUGACAGUAAUGUGAGGAAGUUGAUUUCUGUAAACAAGCCUCAGCUCAUUGGUUCAAAGUCAUACCAGUUUUUGAAUCUCUUACCAGAUACAACUUAUACUAUUAUUGGUGCAGCUGUCAACAAUUUAGGAACUGGCAAUACUGUUGAUUUAGAUAUAACAACAGAAGAAGAAGCUCCACAAGUACCAUACAAUGUGGAAGUCAAUGAAAUGAAGACAACAUCCUUUAAAGUGACUUGGAAUAUAGAUGAUCCCAGACCUGGCAAAACAAACUACACAGUUAAACUGAUGGCUGAUCAUCCCGCAGAGUCCAAACAAGUUAUACUGACAGGGUUUAACAUUAGAGAAUAUGUUGCUGAAAAUCUUCAAGAAUAUUGGAAUUACAGUGUUUUAGUGACAGCUACUACUUCAAAAGGUUCAAAAACAUCUACUGAGACAGCAAAACACAGAACUCUUCCUACAGCACCAGGAAAAGUUUCAAACUUUGUUCUCACAACCAAUCCUGGUGGAAAUUAUACAAGGAUGAAGAUAAGCUGGCAAGCCCCAGACAUAUUGUUGCAGAAUAGUGUGAUAAAAUCAUACAGCUUUAUGUAUUUUCAAGACCAAAAAAUUGAAAGUAGACAGAGCAAAUCAUUUGAACAUGAAAUAUCCCAAAGUCAUAAUUAUGAAAUAUUUGUGGAUGUAAUACCAGAAGAAACGUAUACUUUUGAGGUGAAUGCAAUAAAUGAGCAAAACGAGACUGGAGAAAAAAAUUCUGAAACAAAGACUGUCCCUGCUGGAGUUCCGAUUAAUGUUGAGGAGCAAUUGCUUCUAAAAGUUAUUACGGCCAGUAACAAUCUUGAAAAUAGAGACAAAACAAGAAUUGCUGUGACAAUCGUUCAAGAUUUUUUUGAAGAGUCUACAUAUGGAAAAAUACGUGCGAAAGGCAUCAUUGCAUGUGUAAAAGUCUGCGAAUUAUCUGAUAUUAAGACACUAGACGAUUUUAAUAGCAUGUCCAACUGGAAACAAGCGGUAAAUGACGGAUUUACUUGGUAUAGAAUUACCAGCUCGUCUUGGUUUAAUAUCCUCAAAACAGACAAGCUGAAAGGUAAAUUAUUACACUAUUAAUAGUCUACAGCUUAA